AUGGGUCUCAAGCGACUUGCGAAGGUGGCGAAGGUCACGAGCAAGCACAUGCUCCUCCUCAACCGGCGGGAACCCUACAAGCCUGUCACCCGCGACCGUGUCAUGAUCGAAAAUCGCCGCCGUCUCGAGGUCUUCGAGGCCAAGAACGCUGAAGGGAUUGUCUUCGUACCAGACACGGCGCUCCCGCCGUGGCAGAAGUCCAUCGCCACAAACCUCAAACAGCAGGCGACACAGAUGAACUUUCGUGGCUUCCGUGUUCGAGCGGCGGACAGGCAAGACGAGCCUGGAUUCCCCACGCACUUCCGGUGA